UACAGAGGAGGACAGGCCCUCUGGGGGCCCCUGGAGGACUUGUUUCCCUUGUGGUUUAUUGCACUUCCUGUUCCCUUGCUCACUGCGGAAGUUCCUCUUCUUACCCUGCACCCAGAGCUUAGCCGAAGAGGACUAGGGCAGAAGGCACCAUGAGUGGUGUCCCUGUAGGAGGCAGGCCUGCAGGUCGAGGGGGACCAGCAGUUCAGCAGAACAUUCCUUCCAACCUUCUCCAGGACCAUGAGAACCAGCGACUCUUUGAGCUACUUGGCCGAAAAUGCUGGACACUGGCCACUGCAGUUGUUCAGCUGUACCUGGCACUGCCCCCUGGAGCUGAGCACUGGACCAUGGAACACUGCGGGGCUGUGUGCUUCGUGAAGGAUAACCCCCAGAAGUCCUACUUCAUUCGCCUCUAUGGCCUUCAGGCUGGCCGACUGCUCUGGGAACAGGAGCUGUACUCACAGCUGGUUUACUUGACUCCCACCCCCUUCUUCCACACCUUUGCUGGAGACGACUGCCAAGUAGGGCUGAACUUUUCGGAUGAGAGCGAAGCCCAGGCCUUCCGUGCCUUGGUGCAGGAGAAGAUACAAAAAAGGAAUCAGAGGCAAAGUGGAGAACGACGCCAGCUACCACCACCACCAGCACCAACCAAUGAAGAGAGAAGAGGAGGGCUCCCGCCUCUACCCCCACAUCCAGGUGGAGAUCAUGGUGGCCCAUCAGGUAGUCCAAUAUCUCUAGGACUUGUGACAGUCGACAUUCAGAACCCUGACAUCACAAGUUCACGAUACCGUGGGCUCCCUGCACCUGGCCCUGGCCCAGCUGAUAAGAAACGCUCAGGGAAGAAGAAGAUCAGUAAAGCUGAUAUCGGUGCACCAAGUGGAUUCAAACAUGUCAGCCACGUGGGCUGGGAUCCCCAGAACGGAUUUGACGUGAACAACCUUGACCCGGAUCUGCGGAGCCUCUUCUCCAGGGCUGGAAUCAGCGAGGCCCAGCUCACUGAUGCAGAGACUUCUAAGCUUAUCUAUGACUUCAUUGAGGACCAGGGCGGGAUAGAGGCUGUCCGACAAGAGAUGAGGCGCCAGGAGCCACUCCCGCCACCGCCCCCGCCUUGCCGAGGAGGAGGAGGAGGAGGAGGAGGAGGAGAAGGAGGAGGGAGCCAACUCCUGAGACCUCCUAUUGCGGGGAGCAAUAAGGGCCGCAGUGGUCCACUGCCCCCUGUACCUGGGGGGGGUGCCCCGCCCCCACCAACACCCCGGGGGCCCCCACCCCCAGGCCGAGGGGGCCCUCCACCACCACCUCCUCCAGCCACUGGAAGAUCUGGACCACCACCUCCUCCAGUCCCUGGAGCUGGGGGACCACCAGCGCCACCCCCUCCACCACCACCACCACCACCUCCUCCACCCUGCACUGAGAGUGGGCCAGCCCCUCCCCCACUCCCUCCUACUUCGGCGUCUGCCAGGGGGCCAGCGCCUGGUGGAGGCCGGGGUGCACUUUUGGAUCAAAUCCGGCAGGGAAUUCAGCUGAACAAGACCCCUGGCGCUAUGGAAAACUCAGUACAGCAGCCACCGCCUCAGAGGUCAGAGGGCCUAGUAGGUGCCCUGAUGCAGGUGAUGCAGAAGAGAAGUAGAGUCAUCCAUUCCUCAGAUGAAGGGGAGGAUCAGACCGGGGAGGAUGAAGAGGAUGAUGAAUGGGAUGACUAAACCCACGUUCCUUCUUGUAGGCCAGUCUCACCCUUCGAUCUCACUCGAUCAUUCUGUGCUCACUCUGCCAUCCAGAUACCCCUCCCCUAUUAGCUUCCAAAUUCAUUUGUUGUUGAACCUCAUACCCACUGUAAGCUCAGCAUUCUGUUUUAAACCAAAGGUUCCAGUUCUCCUCACUCAGGGUUUUAAAAGAAUAAAAUACGUCUUUUGUGUCUCCGA